UUUUAUUUCUCCCUCGUAAAGUAUAACCACCACCACUACCCUUCUCACCAGCUUCGCAGCUUUGCGGCAGCGAACUACUUCCAGUAAAAGGCUUUCCCUUCUCAAGAGGACUCCAUCUGCCAACGAGAUGCAUAAUUAAGUGCAGACCGGUAGAGCAGCAACUUCUGUUAUGUUACGAGUGGUGCAGUUUCACUAACGGAUUCGGAAUAGUAUCCAAUUAGGCCGCGGUUCGUUGCGUUCGGCUCAGGAGGAUUAUCGAACUUUCUGGGGAUUAUAAGCCUCGUACAGUUAUUCCUCGCGAAAUAUUUGCGAACACAAGUAUUGUAGGGGCGAGGGUCGCGAAGCCUCGCAGUAUUAUGUUCGACCAAAUCCUAUAACCUGCUAAAGCACCGCGCCCUGAGUGUGGUUCCGAAGUAGCGAAGUUGUCCUCCUCAAGCCACUUGUGCUGGUGGAAUGCUCAGGUCAACAUCAAAAGGAGUUUUUGUGACAAAUAACCACGAAUUCGCGAGUAGUGUUUAGAACUUCACGACCAACGUUUAGGAUGGCGACUCCAUGGCACACAGCUACUUACAGAAGUACCGGUCUAGAAGCUCUUGAAGCCUUUCGAAAUACGGCGCCAUCAGCAGCUGGAAACGAGCGAGCUUCAGAAUGGAACGGUUGGCAUCGCGAGAACAUACAGGGACCGACGAAGCAUUUACCAGGCGGCGAUUCCACACGCGCCACAGAGGAUCGGUUACUAACGAGUCGGCCGUCUCCCAGUAACACUCCCGCUGCUCCCGCUAAACGAGGCAAUGCGGCAAAAAUUCGCGCAGCUGCACGAGGAGCGUUUGGCGCAGCCUCGACUCGAAGUUGGCGGAGCAGGCGGAGCAGGCGGAGCAGGCGGAGCAGGCGAGGGAGGCGCGGAGCUCAGAACGAGCGGGGCCUUCCCGGGUGGAGGCGUCGGCGCUGGCGGAAGCAGAAACGGGGCGGAAGAGAGCGCGGAGCAGCGCUGGAGGGUCGUGGAGCGGACUCCGCUCGGAGGUCAGGCUGAGCGGACCCCCGGAGGUCGUCGGAGGGAUUGCGCGGAGGAUACGGGGUGGGAAAGCGAGGCACGGGGCAUUACAAGGGAUCUCGCGGCGGAAAACUCUCCAGCGAGCUCGGCGUCAGUGCAAUACGCUCAGCACGUUUCGGCUCCGUCGGGAGGCGGCGGGGCCGGCAGCGCUGCUGCGGGCAUGGCGUCGUUUUUGGACCUGAACGAACCGCCGGAACACGAGGAAGACGACUCGUCCAAAUUUUGCGCGGACGCCACUCUUAUCGCGGAUGCAGCCGCCACUGCCUCAGCUACCGACGCAGCUUACCAGGGAUUGCGACGGCCUGGCGCGUUGACAGAGCCUCGGUCGGCGGUGGGGGUGUUCGAGGCGUUGGCGGACGGCGGUUUAGACGGCCCCGAGCCACGCAGCGUCGUUUUGGCGACGACACCGUCGGAAUCUCAGGUGGUAACUGCUGCGACGGCUGCGGAAGAACAGCAGUUUUCUCAAACGCAGAAGAAGCGGAGCUGGAAGGACUUCGCGAUUUUCGCCGGACAGGGCAGUCGCGGAACGUGGGUGGGGAACAGCGGGGUAAGCGGCGGCGGAAUGAGCGGCGGAAGCUGUGACUUUCGAAACGCAGCCAUUUCGAACGGGCGCCGGCCGGAAAUCAUAUCGAUGUCCUGGAAAUCCGAUUCGCAAGCGACAGCUCAGUUCGGAAACCCUAAUUCCAUGGCGGCGGCCGGUUCGGAUUUCGGGCGGCGAAUUGCGGAUUCUGCUGGCUUCCUCGAAUCCCCGAAAUUGCUCAUGAACAGCUGGGCGAUGGGUAGCAAUGAGACGAUGGGUGGCACAGAGAACUGCUACGAAGUGGAUAAGCCGAGUGCAGAUUCGGCGGGAAAAUUUGGUGCUGGGAAUUUCGGGAUGAGGGUGACCUCAGCGAAAGAGCCAGCUGGGGGACUUCGCGAUGGUUGUAACGCAGCUGGUUUCAGCGAGAUCGCGGGUUACCCUAAGGCUGCUCCUCGUCGCACAACCAGCUUCCAUUCCGCUCCUGUUCGGGCUCCGCCGGCAAUCCCCGUUACUGGCUCGCGCUCGUUUAUGGAGCCGAGUGUACUCGGCAAGCGCAAUUCAACUGCAGCAGCUAUCGCAAAUGUGGGACGGCAAUUUUCAGAGCCCAUGUUUUGCAACAAACGCCCUCAUUUGAGUCACACCGUCGAGUACAGUCACAGUUUGAACAAUGGCGGUUACCAAAUCGGCAGCCAGGGGCAAACGGAAUCAGAAAUGACAUUCGCUACAAACGGGAGUGACAGAAGUCAGCUGAGCGACAGGGCGAACCUCAGAAGUACCCUCCUUCGCCGCAUGGCACUGACCAAAAUACCCUCAGACUCUGUUCAAGCAGCAGGGGAGAAAAUGGAUGGACUGAUUCCAGGAGCAGGAGUGAUGAGGAACUGGGGAGUUAGGGCUGGAGUUAAGAGCCAGUGCCAUGAUUUGAUGGGUGGACGAAGGCAGGCGGGAGCAGCAGGGAGCGGAAGAGUGGAUAGGGAGGGAGGAGAGCUGGAGAUGCAACGCACAGAGGGCUUGAGAAACCCCGAAAGGCCAAGCUCCAUACAGAGAGGCCAGAGAGAGAUCAUAGAUAGUCUGUUGUUUCCACACUCUGCCUCUUUACCUGCUGCUGCUGGCACAAGGAGUGGGAGAUCCAGCAGCAUUCAGUUCCGGCACUCGUUUGACUCUUUCAACUCAUUUGAUUCGUCUGAUACGCUCGAUGCGGAUCUGAUUGAGAUUCGGCGCAGGGCAAUCAUGAGCCUGCCGCCCAUUGGAACGCGGCAUGUGCGGCCAGAGGGGUACUCUUGCUCCUUCUGUGGGCUCAAUUUCGCCACGUCACAGGCUCUGGGCGGGCAUAUGACCUGCCACCUGCGCAGGCGCAAACAUGCCGGGCUUGAGGCUGAGAAGGCAGCUUCUGCUGGUGCUUCUGCUGAUUGUGCUGGUGCUGGUGCUGGUGCUGGUGCUGCUGGUGCCGCUGGUGUAGAACCAGGCUCGCAAAAGGUGCAUACAGACCAGCAGCAGCAGCAGCGUCAACAGCAGUAGCAGCAGGUGCAGCGUCAGCAGAAGAUGCAGCGGCAGUAGCAGCGGCAGCAGCAGGUGGAGGAGGGGGGUAUGCUGCUCGCACGGCGGUAGUUUCUGGGUUCUCCCGGUACACGCAUGCCAUUGCCGGAAUUGACCUGCUAGAAUCAACACCCGCCAGCCAGCAGCAGGAUGUGAGCACCAAGUGGGUGCGGGCUACGGAGCCCCGCGUUGGAACAGGAUUUGCUAGCGUAUCAGACAAGGGCGAUGGUAACAAGUGGCAGCAGCAGCUUAGCUCCAUUCAAGCGGCUCUGAGUGAUUGGAGGGAGAACGGGAAUAAGCCCAGAGGCAUGCAAUGAGUUGCUCUAGGUUGUGUG